GUUUAAAUUGAUGAUGUCAUGUACUUUCUCUUCGACAACACUGUUACUCAUUUACAUACAUUCAUGGACUGAACAUGUCCCAACAUCAAUAGGAAUCAUUCGUUCUGUUUAAUGCUGACCGAUUCCGUUUUAUUGUGCUAGCUAAGGAAACCAUCUAAACAUCGGAACUUCAUUGUCAGCGAAAUGCGAGUCAACCCACAACAACCAGUUGCACACGCCGUUGAGUCUAAUACUGGCAACAAAGACGAGCAAUGUCCAUUGAUUUCUGAUGGAUCCAAACAAACCCAAUGGUCAGGAUUGAUGUUGAGGAACAUCCUGAUGCUACUCUUUGCUAUCAGUUACAGCACGUUUAUGUUGUGUAAAACUCAGUUCUUAUACAAACGAAUCAGUGAUACUAGAUCUAGCUCUGCCUUCAACAAAUCCGCAGUGACGUGUGGGAAGAUCAACGGGUCUCUUGCCGAGGACGAAAGUCAGACAGAGGCAGCCACUCUUACGUGGCAUUUAAGUCUGGUACAGAUGUCCAUAUCCAUUCCUAUGAUAGCAUUAUUAGGUACCUACUCUGAUGUUAUUGGACGAAAAUACUGUUUAUCUUUUUCAUUUGUGGCCAAUAGUUUACUUUAUGGAUGUAUGUCCUUAGUAGCCGCGUUUGAUUUGCCUCUAGAUUAUCUGUAUAUAGGAUAUGCCAUAUCAGGUCUUGGUGGCGCACAAUUUAACCUUUUUGCAACUUUGUCGGCGUCUGUUGCAGAUUUGACAGUCGCUAGUAAAUCGCGUUCAUUGGCAUUUGCUUUAUUGUAUUUCUCAGCUGGUGUAGGGCUAUCUUCUUCCGAAUUCGUCGAGGGAUUUAUUAUUAAAAGCUCUGGAUUUGUGUGGCUUCUUGCCUUUGCAUUCUUGCUUUUACUACUUGCUGCAGCUUUGGUAAUUCUGUUUUUUAAAAAUGAAGUCGAAGUCAAGAGUUCUGGUUUUAGAAACAUUUUAUCGAAUCUAAAAACAUUUAUCAGUGACAAAGAAAAUAAACGUUUUCCUAUAUGGGUGUAUAUAGCGUCUUUGGUGGGUUUUCUAUUUUUCUAUGCGCCUAACGACAACAGAGAGGAUAUAGAAAUUUUGCUUCAGCUGAGAACACCCUUUUGCUGGGAUUCCCAAUAUAUUGGAUGGUUCCAAUCUGCCGAGUCAGCCGUACAUAUGCUCGCUGGCCCGUCGCUCAUGAUGAUAUUACAGAAGUGUUUCAGUGACGAAACUAUUGCAGUCCUGGGUUUAUUGUCAGGCAUGGGGUUUUAUCUGAUGUUUGCAUUCGCUGUUACAGACUGGAUGAUAUAUGCAGGAGCCGGUAUUGGUAUUCUCCUUAUGGCUUUCCCACCAUGCCUAAAAGUGUCGCUAUCUAAGAUGGUUCCUCCAGAAUAUCAAGGAACCCUGUUUGCGGUAAUUUACUUAGUGAGUGUGGUCUCUACUAUGGCCGGGUCUACCAUCUUUAACAACAUAUACGCCCAUACUCAGACCAGCAUACGCGGAUUAACCUUCCUGGUCAUGGCAGGCUUCAAUCUUAUGUCUGUCGCGAUUAUCAUAUCUGUGAUUGUCUUUAAGAAGAGUGACAGAGGUAUGCAGAUAACCAGCGCCAUUAUUAAUAUAAACGAUUGAAAAGGAGAGAUUUCAAUAGUUUUCUUGCACUGACAAUGGCAACUUCCGUGACAACGACAUAUCAGUGACGAGAUGACAAUGUUCAAUAUGUGAUAUAUCAGUUGUGUUUUUGUCAAAGAAUGAAAACAAUCAUACAGUUUGUGACCCGAUUUCAGGUGAGAGCAAGGAUUUAUUCAGACUUCGGCAAAUAUUCAGCUUAAUGCAACAUCUUAUUCACAUCAUAUCAAGUAUAUGUGAUAAACUGUGUAAUCAUAAACAUUGUUUAUUUAAUUACUUAUGUGUAGUAAAACAAAAAUGCGGCACAGGUUGCUGGAGUAUAUUAAUCACAACUGUGAUUGGAUGGACGUGGUUUUGGACUGUUGUAUUGGCUUAUAAGGAUUCUGUACAGUUCGAUGUAACAUCUCAGCACCUGGUAUAUUUAGACCUUGUGGUAUUUUGACCAAUCGGGGCAUAGGAAAUAGUAAAGUCAUACAAAUUGGACAAGUACGCACUAAUUGGCUUUUUGUACUACUGUGUCAAAUUGAAGGAUAGCUGAGGCAUCUACACAUAUAUAUACGGUCUUGUGUUAUAAAACGACUGAAGAGAGAUAACUCAUGUUUCUCCAGGAUGUCUUCAAUCAUUUCUAAAUUAUCGUACAAUAACUUUCUAUUGAAGGCAGGUUUACUUUCAUCAUGCAGUGAUUGCAUAUAUUUUGAGCAGAACACUGCGUUUUAUUCAUCACAUUAAAAUUGGAUGAUUAUGUUAACAAAUCUUACUAGCAGAUUACGCUGAAAUUACGUUGAGCAGCCAAAGUUGUCAAGUGUAACAUCAUAAAGACAUCACAGAUUAUGCUGCUUCUUUUUGGACUGAUAAGAUAUCUCUCUCUUUAUUUUCGCCAUUAUACAUGAAAUGAAUAGCAAAUCGAAUGGUUUCUUGUUGAAUGUAACAAAUAUUUCACAAAAAUGAGAGUAUAUUUAAUACCAUCUACUUAUUCAAGUAUAUGAUCCACGUGUCAUAAGAAUA